AAUUUGAAACAAGCCUCCUGUCCUGCAGAUAAUCCCCUGGACUUCUUUCUGGGUGUGUUAAAUAUAUAUUUGUACUGGGACUGUCUCUUCCUACAGUGUCAACAUGCACUUCACUGUCAUUUCAUUGUCUUUAGAUUGUUGGUGUGAAACAGAGAAUGAGGAGGUACCUUCUGAGCAGAGUGUUUCUGUAGAAAGACUGUCACAAGUUAGGGUUCCCACAUCAAGUUCCCACAUCAAGCAGGCCCACUCCUGUGAGAUGUGUGGCCCAAUCUUACAAGACGUUGUUCCCCUGGCUGAGCACAAGGGAACACAUCUAAGGGAGAAAAUGUACACAUAUUGGGCAUUUGAGAAACAAUUCUAUUCCAAUACAAAUCAUCAGUGCCAGAAGCAGCACAUUGGAGUGAAACCCUUCAGAAGUGAGGUGAACAAAGUGUCAUUUGUGACGAGCUGCACAUUCAGUGAGUCACAGAAGCCCUCUACCUGCAUGGAUCUUGGGAAGGACUUCCUGGCCAGCUCAAGAUUUCUCCAGCAACUGGCCACUCCUACCAGGGAAAAGUCAAGGAGCAGAACCUUAUGUUGGACUGCCUUUCACAGGGGAAAAACACAUUACAACUGGGGAAAGUGCAACAAAGCCUUCAGCCACAAGCACAUACUUGUUGAGCCUCAGAGAGCCCACACUAAAGAAACAUGUUACAUGUGCAAUGAAUGUGGGAAGUCCUUUAGCCAUAACUCUAGCCUCAUCAAACACCAGAGAGUUCACACUGGAGAAAGACCUUAUAAGUGUGGAGAAUGUGGCAAGUCCUUUAGCCAAAGCUCAAACCUUUUUCAACAUCGGAGAGUUCACACUGGAGAAAGGCCUUAUAAGUGCAGGGAAUGUGGGAAAUCCUUUAGCCAAAGCUAUAGCCUCAAUAACCAUCGAAAAAUUCACACUGGAGAAAGACCUUAUGAAUGCAAUGAAUGUGGGAAAUCCUUUAGCCAAAGAUCCAACCUCAUUCAACAUCAGAGAAUUCACACUGGAGAAAGGCCUUAUGAGUGCAGCAAAUGUGGGAAAUCCUUUAGCCAAAGCUCUGCGCUACUGCAACACCAUAGUGUUCACACUGGAGAAAGACCUUUUAAGUGUGGUGAAUGUGGAAAAUUUUUUACCUACAAUUCCAGUCUCAUAAAACACCAGAAAGUUCACACUGGAUUGAAACCUUAUGAGUGCGCUGUAUGUAGGAAAUCAUUUAGUCAUAAUUGUAGCCUCAUUCUACAUCUGAGAGUUCAUACUGGAGAAAGGCCUUAUGACUGUAAUGAAUGUGGGAAAUCCUUUAGCCAAAGGUCUGCACUUCUUAAACACCGCAGAGUUCACACUGGAGAAAGGCCCUAUGAGUGCAGUGAAUGUGGGAAAACAUUUAGGCGAAGCUCCAAUUUCAGUGAUCAUCGGAGAGUUCACACUGGAGAAAGGCCUUAUGAAUGUGACCGGUGUGGAAAAUCUUUUAGCAAAAGCUCUGGCCUCACUCGACAUCAGCAAGUUCACACUGGAAUAGGGCCUUAUGGGUGUGUUGAAUAUGAGAAAUCCAUCAACCAAAAGCCUUACCUCAUCAGUUACCACAAAGUUCACAUGAGAAAAACACCUUAGAUGUCCUGGGAAUGUGCUAUUUCUUUAUUAAAUAUAACAACAUUGGAGGAGAUGCAGUGUUGGUGCCAUCUGCCUGAAUUGAACCUCAUUCUUUCAGACAUCCAUGUACAUUCCAGGUAUGUGGGAGAAUUUGAGGAAUUGUAUUGUGCUUUCAAAUCUGCCCAGGGCUCUUGCCAGAUUUUUAUCACUAUUAGGAUUGUAAUCCAAGCCAUUUGACUUCCACCAGCCAGGUGGAACACACAAUGAGCAUCAUUGACCCACGUCAGUUUGCUUUAAGG